AUGGUGGCGUUAAGAUAGCUUGCAUUUCAACGUUGAUCGUCCACCGCACAGGACGUUGGGUUUCGGAGUCUUGCUCCUCGGUGUGAAUCGCUUGCAUGGAUUCUUUCUAACGCAGCUCGCUCUGUGUCGUGACCAUCCUGUCCGAGCUGCCCGCAGGUUCUUCUUGUGGCGUUUGUGCAAGGGUGCCGUGUGUGACCGUGUGUUCGUUAAAAUUGUGCAACUGUUCCAAUUGGCGCCAAUAGCAGUGUACAGUGUGCUAGCAGCAGUGGUCUAGGGUUGAGGUUCGACUUUCCUAGGUAGACGUAUCGGUAACCUCAGGAUAAUCGUGAAAGCUCAGUGAACGGUGCAAAGGAUUGGCCACUACACGGCUUGCAAUUUGGUAGUGUGCGUAGUGAAGAAACACGGAAUCAAAAUGAAACUGCCAGCGUUGCUGUUCAGUUUCGGGCUGAUAACAGGUGUGCUGUCGCAAGGAUUUGGACAGCAGCCGCCACCAUUCCGACCGAUUCCCAAAUCAUUCGGGGUUCCACCGAAAGCUCAGCGACGCCAGCUGACGCAACAGCAGCAGACGCACAUUCUGAGCGACAUUCAGAAGCACCAGCAUCGCUUCAAUCUGCAUCAAAACCAACGUUCGCCGAACGUUUUCAUACAACCGUCGAUUCAAAUACCGGUGCCCCCUCAACCCCAUUCAAGGCAACCGUUCAGUGGCCCAAGUAGUACACAGCAACACUUCCAGCCCAACGCACACUUCCAUCACCACUCGAACAAUCUACAUCCACCACCACCACCAUCAUCACCGGCCAAUGGACCGGUGAACAGCUUCCGCGCACCGUCCGGCCGUCCAGGACCUAGCUUUGGAGCACAACAGGACACACGACUGCCACCACAGCAGCGCUCCGUACAGAACCAACUACAGCAGGCCACAUUCUUCAACGGACCACCACCACCACCACACACUAAUGGCCCCGCGCCCGUCAGUCAGCCACUGAACAGCCAACCUUCCUCCUUUCUGAACAGCAUCGAUACACCAACGUUCGGUGCACCCCAAAGACCCAACUCCCUUCAGGCUCCUUUCCUUCAGACUCCUCCUUCCUUCACCGGUAAUGGACAGGUUCGCUUCCCGAGCCAAGGCGCACCAUCGAACGGGGCGAACCUUGGCCAACAGCCUGUGCCGUUGUUCACCAACCAGCAGCUACCACUGCACAACUCUCCCCAAAACUUCAAGCUGUCCGGGCCGAACGCCGGCCAGUCGACGUUCCCGGUGCAGCCGACAUUCCACAACAGCCAAUCCGUAAAUCCGGCCCUUCAAUUCCCACCGCUUUCGCAGUCGAUCGGAACGAACUUCCAGCAGCCCUCGCCGCAGUUCCAGCAGCAGCAGCAGCAACAGCAGCUUCCGAGACUGCAACCGAACGUUCCAUUUGCCCAAUCGUCCAAUAACUUCAACGCCCAGCCCCAGGGUGCUGGAUUCCCACAGGCCCAACCUCAAAUACAAACGUUCAGCGGACCGCAGCAACCCGUGCAGAGUGCACAGUUCGGUGGUCAGGCGACCAACUUUAACGGUCUACAGCAACAACAGCAGCAACCACUUAGCUAUCAGCAGCAGCAGGAGUACGAACGUCGGCUCAAGGAAGAAAGUGAACGGAUUCGCGAGCUGCAGGAAAAGCAGAAGGUAAUCCAAAAGCAUGAACAGUUCCUGCAGAAGCAAUACCAGAAACAGCAAGCGAAGGUACAGCAGCUGCAUCAGGAGUUCCUGAAGAAGCAGCAAAAGAUCCUCCAGCAGCAACAGCAGCAGCAACAGCAGCAGCAAUACGAACAGCAGCAAAAGACCGUCCCAACUCAGGUACGUUCGCGCGAUGUGUUGCCGUCGGAGCGGACACUUUUUGAAAAGGCUGUUAAGAUGCAGUCAAAGCCCGUAGCCGUACCAGAACCAACUACAUCAACCGCUGCAGCCACCAGUGGACAGCUUUCGGUGAUCCCGCUCAAGCCCAACAGCAAGAAGGACUACAGCAGCAUCACUCAGUCGGAUCUGGACGUACUGCUCAGCGCGAACCGUCAGACCCUGUUCCAAACGAUCAAGUCCGAGACGGCAAAGCCAGCCAAGGCGAAGCCCACGAAGGUAAAGUCUACCAAAGCGCUCGGACGAGACGAUCUGCUUAAGCAGCUGAAGCUUGCCCUUGCCGAAACUUCGCCCGAUCUUGGUGGCAAGAAUUACAGCUCGACCGAUCUGGUACUACCGAACGGUGAAAAGGUGCAGGUCAUCCGUACGACCGAUCCCGAAAUCAUCAAGCGCGCCAACGCCAACUCGGAGGGUGUGCUGACCCAGCAGCUCGAUUCGCCCACGACACCGAAACCACUGUCCUUCGAGGACAUUGCGCGCAGUGGUCUGCUUCCCCCGGGUGCGGACUUUGAACUGAUCAAGCAGACGGAGGAUGGGCAGAUCCAGGAGGUGGGCAAGAUCCCGCCUCAAAAGAAGGUUACCUUUGUGUACCUGGAGGAACAGGAUGACGGAUCGUACAAGGUGCAAGGGGUAAAGGGUAGCGGUGACAAGGAAACCAAAACGUCCGGUGCCGAUGUGGACAGCAUCUUGAAACGCAUCAAGAACGGUGAAAUUCAGCUGCCUCCCCCAUCGUCGGUCGUGUCGAAGGGAUCCGUGGCCAAGCCGGACCUGAUCGAGGACGCACCGAUCACGACUACGACGCCACGCCAUCAACCGAUCAAGAAAGCCAACUCGGUGACGAUCAUUCCACACAGCACACCGAUCGAGGAUCACGCCUCGACUGCUUUCCUGUCCGGCAGUACUGUACACCAUACCGCCUCGCCGGCACCGGCCACCAUCUACGCUUCCACGCCUUCCCCGGCAAGCCCGAGCAGCGGUGUCACUGCAUACUCACCGGGUGGCUACUCUGGCAGCACGCUUCCACAGCAAGUCUCGGCCCGUCUUUCAACGCCGUCGCCAGUGUCCGGUAGCUAUACCGCCGACAGCACGGCACGAUUCUCCGAAGCAAACUCAGUGUACACCCCGGUGUCUACCACGGCCAUCCCGCCCGCUACACCAGCACCUAGCAUCUAUCAGACUGCCAACACGGAAAAUUAUUUCUCGGACACGGCUACGGCCGCUGCCAUUGAGCAGCAACAGCAGACGGCCAGUACCUACCAGCAUCAGACGAUUCAUGCGUCACAUCAGUCCACCGCUAGCGAUGCUGUCCCUACGGCAUCCGCAUCCGAAACGAUCACGCAACAGCAACAAGACAACACGCUCAGCGCUCCCAAGGAGGACACCCAGCAGCAGCAAAAUGAACUACCAGCAAUUCUCAAGAAUAACGGACUAUUUGCCAUGGCCAAAUAUCUCCGCCAGUCUGGUCUCGAUACGAUACUGAAUGAAACGGGCCCGUACACAAUCUUCGUGCCCACCGAUAAAGCCUUCCGCAGUCUGCUUGUCCAGCUGGGCGGACCCGAAAAGGCGGAAGAGAAGUUCCGCAACAACCCACGCCUACUGAGCGGACUGCUCUUGCAUCACGUCAUUCCUGGAUCGUUCGAAAUCGCGUCUCUGCAGGAUGAAAUGACUGGUGUGUCCCUGGCCGGAACUCAGCUUCGCGUAAAUCAAUACAACAUGCACGACUCGGAAUGGAACGACGUUAAGGUGACCACCAUCAACGGCGCUAUGGUCGUGCCAGACAAACAGGACAUCGUGAUCCCCCAGGGUAUUGCUCAUGCCGUCGACCGUGUCAUGUUCCCGCUACCAGUUGGUGAUAUUCUUCAGACGCUUCAAUCGGACCGUGAGCGACGCUUUACUCACUUCCUACGAGCAUUGUUUGCAUCGGGCAUGUCGGAUACUCUCCAGAAUAAAGGUAUCAAAACUUACACAGUAUUCGCUCCAACCGAUGCCGCAUUUGCUCACCUCUCGACUGAGGAACUCACCAACCUAGUCACGGAAAAGGACCAGGCGGAAGAGCUCGUACGCAAGCACGUUGUCCCGGGCACUUUAUUCACUGCCGGUAUGCGUUUCUACCAGGUUAAGGACGUUAUGGCGGAGGGAAAGACAGUUACGCUGCAGAAGACGGGAGGUAAAAUCAAGGUUAACGAUGGUUAUCUGCAGACGUCUAAUAUCCCAACAACGAACGGCGUUAUACAUGCUAUCGACUCGUUGCUGUAAGCAUUCACCCUCGCCACCACCAAGCUGGACACGAAUCUACAAAACACGAUCACGUUAAUUUCCAGUCGGGUGGGGAAAACACAGACCUGAAACGUCAAUCCGUCUGUCCUCGAAGUUGUGUUGUUAAUUUAUUACAAAAUGCCCUUCCAUGAGUGUCCGUUUUCAAUUUCAAUCAAAAUUACGUUCAGGUUCACAAUGCACUACCGAUUGAAAGUAACCAUUAUUAUUUUGGCAAUAUAUGACCAACUAGAAUGAAUGGGAGCGCAACCGAGAAGUUCUCCAGAAAACUAUGGAUAAAAUCCCAUUCUCUGUUUGGUUCGUUAGUGGUCUGAACAGUUUUGAUAAUCGUUAAGUUUAAAUGAUAAUUUAUUCGUUAAGUUUAGUAAAAUGCUGUUUUGUACGAUUUCCCGCUCCGGCCCAUUUACUGGGUGAUCGUUGUAAAUACUAUGAAAAACAGUGUAAUAAAGAGUUCGAGAAAGAGAGAGAGUUCGCUUUAGUAA